CAUCUUUAUUAAUUAAAUAGUUUUAGUUUAUUUAAGAAUAUAUUCAUUAACUGUGAUUAUUGAAGGUAAUCAUUAUUAAUUGAGUUAAAAAUCACCUCACAACUUAUUUUCAUUUGUUGCUUACCAUCUGCUUGAAUUUCAUUGGUCCCCGAUAUGUCCGCUAUUAGAGUUGCUCCGGUCUUUAGGGCCAAACCAUCUUUCAAAGUCUUGGCUGGGUUGGUUGGUUCCAGUGCUGCCGCCUUGUACUUGUUGAAUAACUACAACAAUAACCACAAUGGUGGAGGACAUGGUAGACACGUUGGUAAGUCUUUAUUGGCAGGAUCCGCGUUAAUUGUUAACAAGGCUGACCCUCCAAAGAAUGCUGAUUUUGAAACUUAUCAAAAGAUUUAUAAUGACAUUGCUGAAAGAAUGAGAAAUGAUGACGAUGCUGAUGAAGGUGCUGGACGUUAUGGAUUACUUUGUCGUUUGGCAUGGCACACUUCAGGGACUUACAAAAAGUCUGAUAACACUGGAGGUUCAUUUGGAGGUACUAUGAACUAUAGUCCAGAAUCCAGUGAUGGAGCCAAUGCUGGAUUGGAAUAUGGUAGAGCAUUUUUGCUUGCCAUUAGAGAAAAAUAUCCAUGGAUUAGUCAUGGAGACUUGUGGACCUUGGGAGGAGUUGUUGCCGUUCAAGAAGCCGGAGGUCCUAAAAUCAAAUGGAGACCUGGUCGUAAGGAUAGUACCGAUGCCUCUAGAGUACCAGAAAACGGGAGAUUACCCGAUGCGGCACAGGGCGCUGAACACGUUAAGAAUGUUUUCGGUAGAAUGGGGUUCACUGAUCGUGAAACUGUUGCCUUGAUUGGAGCUCAUUGUUUGGGUAAAUGUCAUACCGAUAGAUCUGGAUUUGAUGGUCCAUGGGGUCCAUCUUUCACCAUGUUUACCAAUGAUUUCUUUGUAAGAUUGUUGCAAGGAUGGCAUGUUAGAAAAUGGGAUGGACCAAAGCAAUAUCAAGAUGAUGAAAGCAAUUCCUUCAUGAUGUUGCCCACCGACAUGGCCUUGAAAGAAGACUCUGCCUUCCUCAAGUAUGUCAAGAUCUAUGCUGCUGACCAAGAUGUUUUCUUUAAGGACUUCUCCAAUGCCUUCAGUGCCUUGUUGGAAAGAGGAAUUGAUUUCCCAAAGAAUUCUAAACAAUUUACUUUCAAGACUUUGGAUGAACAAGAAGAGUAAGUAGAAAAA